AUGAUUGGACAGACUGGUUUGUGCACUCCUGCAACAAUAAUUGUUGAAUUCACCGCUCUCGCCGCUCUGCAACAAGUUACCCAGGAGCCUGCUCUUGCUCAGCCGCCAAGAGUUACCUUCCAUGGGAUCCACAGAGUUUCGCGCGCGUUACCAGACGAGCGGUUUAACGGUGUCGAGGCUCGGCAGCGGCUCAAACGUUCUUUGAUGACCUCAACUUUCGCAUCUGGCCCGUCCCCAAGACGCCAGGCCCUUUCUGAGGCCGUCAUCUCCGGACAAUUACCCCGGACACGGACUUUAGUCAUCCUGCCCGAGGCCGCCAAGUUGUCCCCAUCGAUGCGUCUCCGUAUGAUCCGUGACUCUAGUGUACGAACGGACAAGAUUCCGGGGAUCAGCUUGGAGAAAGGCGGCCCAAUUAUGGAAGGGCAAUCGCAACAUAACAACCCGAUAAGCUCGGAGAUAAUAUGUGAGAGCUUCAUCAACCCUCUCAUUGGAGGUAUGGAUAAUGCCAGUCCAAAUCUACACGAGACGUUCAGGAUCGUCAAAAGCUUGGAUUCCCUGGGACCAAGACUUAAGAUGACAGAUCUUUUCCGCCAGUAA